AAACCACAGUGCAUUUGUUGCGCGCACGGACUUUCGCAGCCAUUCAAUGACCCACCAGACCACGCUCAUCUCUUCCGCCCCCGCUGCCUUUUCUGCUUCCCACUCCCUCCACGCCUCCCCGCCUUUCCUUUUCAACCGCACCCCGUCGUCUCCCUCCUCCAGCCCACCCCCCCCCCCCCCAGCUGCUGCAGCUGUAGCCCCCGCCAUGGCGUCGUUCGUCGCGCACCACCACGGCUCACUGGGGGAGAGGGAGGGGAGGAUGGCCGCGCUGAGGAGUAGCCUCAGGCCGUGCGAGGCGGCGGAGGAGGUGGACGCCGCGCCGGCGGCGUGGGGGCCGGCGGAAAGGGGUGCCGGCCUUUUAGGGGACGGGUUCUCCGUCGAGGACCUGCUGGACCUCGAGGACCUCUGCGAGGUCGACAAGGACUGCACCGAGCUGGUGGCGGCGGCGCCAGCGCCGGCGGCCGUGGAGGACGACAAGCUGUCCAGUGACUCCCACGGGUCGUCGGUGGUGUCGUACGAGCUCAUGCCGCUCCCGACGCCAGUGAUUGACCUCCCGCUGCCGGCGCAUGACGCGGAGGAGCUGGAGUGGGUGUCCCGCAUCAUGGACGACUCGCAAGCCGAGCUCCCGCCGCCGCCGAAGCUACAGGCGGCGGCCGUAGCAGCGGCCGCAGCGCGGCGUCCGCUGGAACGCGCGGUGCCAACGGCGGCGGCGGACCCUAUGCGGAGCCCGACGAUUUGCGCGCUGUCGACGGAGGCGCUGGUGCCCGUGAAGGCGCGGCGCAGCAAGCGCUCGCGCGCCUCCGUGUGGUCGCUCUCCGGCGGCGCGCCGCUGUCGGACUCGGCGUCAUCGUCCUCCACGGCCACCACGUCGUCCUGCUGCUCGUCCGCCUCGUUCUCGCCGUUCCUCUUCCUGCCGGCGGACUCGCCGCCCGCGUUCUGGGCGGCGCACCUCCUCGGCGAGGCGCCGCGCGGCGCCUCCAAGAAGUCCAAGCACGGCAAGAGCGGCGGCGGCGGCAAGCCCAAGAGGCGCGGGCGCAAGCCCAAGCACCACCCGGCGUCGCACCAGUUCCGGGCCUCGCCCGCCGCGGGCCCCGGCGACCGGCGCUGCAGCCACUGCGGCGUGCAGAAGACGCCGCAGUGGCGCGCGGGACCCGCGGGCGCCAAGACGCUGUGCAACGCGUGCGGGGUGCGCUACAAGUCCGGGCGGCUCCUGCCGGAGUACCGGCCGGCGUGCAGCCCGACGUUCGAGAGCAGCAUCCACUCCAACUCGCACCGCAAGGUGCUGGAGAUGCGGCGCAAGAAGGAGGGCGUCGUCCUCUUCCCGCCGGGCCCGGCGCCGCUCCCGGCCGCCGCGCCGGCCGUCGCGUCUUUCUAAGCCGGCGCUGUACAUUUUUUCAGCCUGUCGUGUACCGUACCUGGAUUUUUCCCCCCUCCCUUCCACCUUCUCUAUUAUCGUAUCGGUUGUACUAGUAGCUAGAACUCAGAACUCUAGGAGCUUCAUUAGGUCGAAUUAGGUGUAGGGAUUAAGAUUUCCAUGGCUUAUUAUUAGCUAGGUUUGCUGGGGUAUGCUUGGCUCUAGUAGUUGUGCCAGUAGUGAGGGUCUUCCCGAGAAACGACCGAAUGAAUUGGAGGUCUUGCACUCUUGCUGGA